CUUAAGGCGAAUCACAUGACAAGGAAAAGGAGGUUUAGUGAGAAAACGCACGAAGAAACGCUGACAAUAUGCUUUUGAAGAAGAUUUCGUGUACUUAACCAUGUCUGCAACGCACCACAAACUAUGACUGCGUGUGGAAACGUAUUUAUUUGUGUUUUUGCUAUUGUGUUGUGUUUGUUUUUUGAAGUUUUAUUCUGUUUUUCUUCACUAACGGAGAAGCAAAGUCUGAGCGGUAAAUGGAGUCUGUCAAACUCCAACGGUUCGCUGUGUCUGGCUGCAGAGGUCCCUGGAUGUGUUCAUUCAGCUCUGCAGCAACAGGGAUACAUCCAGGACCCAUAUUUCAGGUUCAAUGAUGUGUCUUAUGGCUGGAUUGCUUUGUACAACUGGACAUAUGUCAACGUGUUUACUGUGUCUGCCCAGCUGAGUAACAGAACCAAACAGAAGGUGCAUCUUGUCUUUGAUGGUGUGGACACUGUUGCAUCAGUCUGGCUCAAUGGAAUCCUUGUCGGGGAGACAGACAACAUGUUUCGUAGAUAUGAUUUCUCAGUAGGAGACUUGCUGACGGACGGGGAUAACAUACUCAAAGUCAGUCUGUCGUCUCCGGUUCUUUAUGCGUCUGAGCGGAGGAAAGCUCAUUCUGCCUAUAAAGUUCCUCCUGAAUGUCCUCCAGAUGUCCAGAGAGGGGAAUGUCAUGUCAAUUUCAUAAGGAAAGAGCAAAGUUCCUUUAGUUGGGACUGGGGUCCUUCAUUCCCCACGAUGGGACUGUGGAAGGACGUUCGACUGGAGGCGUUUGAUGUCCUGCAGCUCAUCCAGAUUUCUUAUGUUCCUUUAUACAAUUCCAGCCUAUCUCAGUGGGAUAUCCAGGUGGAACUUCUUGUUGAUGUGGUUCAGACAAUAAAUGGUGAAGUCACAAUCUCCGUACCCGAGCUGGACUCCGAACAAACUUUCCAGACACAGUUUCUCUCUGGAAAGACCAAGAGCACCUUUAUCUUGCAUAUAAACACGAGCAGCCAGGUGAGACUGUGGUGGCCCAACGGACAUGGUGACCAACCCUUUUACCUGCUAUCUGUCAGAGGUUUUCAGAAUAGAAUUGUAAUCCUGAAUACUGAGUCUAAGGUGUAUUUUCGCACAGUGGAGCUUGUUCAGGAGCCAGUCGUUGGGUCUCCUGGCCUGAGCUUUUAUUUUCGUAUCAACGGGAAACCGAUAUUCCUCAAGGGUUCCAACUGGAUCCCAGCCCACUCCUUCCAGGACCAGGUCACCCCUGCAGUCUUAAAGAACUUGUUGCAGUCGGCAGUGGAUGCCAAUAUGAAUGCCCUCAGGGUCUGGGGAGGAGGGGUGUAUGAACAGGAUGUUUUUUACAGCAUCUGUGAUGAGCUAGGGAUCAUGGUUUGGCAGGACUUCAUGUUCGCCUGUGCUAUGUAUCCCACUGAGGACAACUUCAUACAGACAGUAAGAGAAGAGGUCAUCCAACAGGUUUGGCGCCUCAAGUCUCACCCCUCUAUAAUUGUUUGGAGCGGGAACAAUGAAAACGAGGCUGCUCUGGCUACAGACUGGUUCAGUAUCCCAGCUUUCCAGAGGCCUACCUACAUUAAAGACUAUGUGACACUGUAUGUGAACAACAUAAGGACAAUUGUGCAAGAGGAGGACGAGAGUCGGCCGUUUCUCGUCUCCAGUCCAACAAAUGGUGCUGAAUCGGAGCAGGAAGGAUGGGUGGCGGCGAACCCUUACGACACUCACUACGGGGACACGCAUUACUACAGCUACACCCUGGACUGCUGGGAUUGGAGGACUUUCCCGCGAGCGCGCUUUGCCUCUGAAUAUGGCUUUCAGUCCUGGCCUUCCUUCUCCACUCUGCAGCCGGUUUCCUUGGCAGAAGACUGGAGCUACAACAGUGAUUUUGCUGCCCAUCGUCAGCACCAUGCAGGUGGGAACCAGGAGAUGCUACUGCAGGCUGCUUUACACUUCAAUCUGCCAAACUCCACAGAGCCACAGAAGAGAUUUGCAGACACUCUCUACAUCACUCAGGUCAUGCAGGCUCAGUGUGUGAAGACUCAGACAGAGUUUUAUCGGCGAAGCCAGAGUGAGAUUAUUGAGGGCAAAGGUCACACUAUGGGGGCUCUCUACUGGCAGCUCAAUGAUAUUUGGCAGGCGCCGUCCUGGUCAUCAAUUGAGUUUGGUGGGAAGUGGAAAAUGCUGCAUUAUUUUGCAAAGGACUUUUUUUCGGCCGUCCUGCCUGUCGGGUUUGAGGACGACGGCACGCUGCUCAUCUACGCCAUCUCUGACCUGAAUCAUGACCUGAAGCUCAGAGCUGUGGUGACCGUGUACACCUGGACUGAACUGGACCCUGUGUGCACGUUGAAAUCCGACCUGGUCUUGGUUCACGGAGGCAGCGCUGUGGCCGUUUUUAAAGAGCCUGUCGCCACCGUGCUGGCAGGAUGUGGGCGCUGCACCCGCCUCACCUGUCUGCUCACCUUCCACCUGGAGGACCCCAGCAGCAGCCAGCAGGGCCCCACCAACCACCACUUCCUCUGCUCACCCAAAGAUGCUCAGGGACUCCAGAGACCAAACAUUACAGCCAAGGUGCAGGAGGAUAAGAGCGGCUACACUGUUACCCUCCACUCUGCCUCCGUCGCUCCUUUUGUCUGGCUCGACGUGGGAAACAUCCCUGGACAGUUCAGCUCCAACGGCUUCCUGAUGGUCUCUAGAAACAUCACGGUUGCUUUUAACGCGUGGCGACCCACCAGCGUCACAGAGCUCUCGAAAUCUCUCACCAUCACAUCUUUAAUGGACGUAUACUGACCUGAGAGUAGCCAGAGUAUAGCAGUGAGCGGAAAUGAGAAAAGUGGUGACAUCAUGUAUCAGAACAUCUUUUGUGAAUUGAUAAAUGGUCUUUAAUUGAAAUAUUUGGCUUAGGUUUGACCCUGUGGAUUUGUGAAUGUCAGAUAUUUUUGGACUGAAGCUGGUGAAGCUUAUUUAUGCUUGAACUUGUUUUCUUGCCAAACAAAGUGAAAACGUUUUUCUUGUCAAAGCAGAGAAACCUCUCAAACAAAAGUCAGACCAAUGAGAGACCGUGUAAGUCUCCACCGUACAUUUCCAAACAAUAGAAAUGAUCUUAGGUGUGUUAGAGGCUCUUAGCAACAGGGAGGCCACUGUGUUCGGGCUGUAGCUGGGACACUCUGGGACACAUCAAGCUUUCACAUGAUGCUUUUAUUCACACAAAUAAAAGAAUGAGAUUUGCAAGGAACUACGACUUUACUCAAGGUGGACAGGAUGAACUGGCCAGACCACGGAAUCACCUUAGAUUUUUUCUUAGCCGUUUAAACAGAGAAAUAAUUAAAGUGAAAAUUGUAAAACUAUGCAUUAUUUAAUAACAUUCCAACAGAGACACAGACAUUAAUUAAAACCUAAGGUCUUCCUGCAAUGAUAAAUAAAUUGCUGCUGCAGAGAUGAGAAGUCAUCUGACUUCUUGAUUGUAUAUCGUGUACUGAAAAGCAUUUUGUAUUUUUGCACAUUGUUCAGAUAAUUAGCAAAGACUGUUCUUGACAGCGUGGUUGUGUUGUCCAAAAUCUGAUCUAUUAAGCAUCAGUAAAUGGUGUAAAUAAAUGUUAAUAAAUUAUUAAUUACAGCUUAA